AUGAAUGCUAGUGUCGAUGCUUUUAUCAGUCCUUUCCUUUAUCAGACCCUACUCUAUAACUAUAAUGGUACAGAUACGGCCACUGCCACAGGACACUGGCGUAACAAAAGCAUUGGUCCUCACUUUCAACUACCGGUCUUCUCCAGCGCAGCUAAAGUAAGAGUGGGGAUCACCAUCCUCGUUUUCACCAUUUCUGCUUUCUGCAACCUUGGCGUGCUGUGGAUUACCAGCCGGAACCGCAAGAGGAAAUCCCACGUCAGGAUUCUGAUUGUCAACCUCGUGGUGGCGGACCUCCUGGUGACCUUUAUCGUGAUGCCGGUUGACGCUGCCUGGAAUAUCACUGUGCAGUGGCAGGGCGGGGACGUCGCUUGCAAACUGCUCAUGUUCCUCAAGCUGAUGGCCAUGUACUCCUGCGCGUUUGUCACCGUGGUGAUUAGCAUCGACCGCCAAUCAGCCAUUCUAAACCCCCUGGGCAUCAGUGAGGCUAAGAAGAGGAAUAAGGUCAUGUUGACUGUGGCUUGGCUACUAAGUGGCACCUUGGCCACGCCCCAGAUUGUCCUGUUCCAUACCGUAACCAUUAAUGAACCCCAGAACUUCACACAGUGUACCACUGUUGGGAGUUUCAAGCAUCACUGGCAAGAAACCUCCUACAACAUGUUUACCUUUGUUUUCCUGUUUCUCAUGCCUUUGAUGAUCAUGAUAUUGUGCUACACCCGGAUCCUGAUGGAGAUAUCAAACAGGAUGGCCAAGGAAAACUUACCUGCGACGGAGGUGCAUUUAAGACGAUCAAAGAACAAUAUACCAAAGGCACGCCUGAGAACCUUAAAGAUGAGCAUCAUUAUUGUCACCUCCUUCAUUGUUUGCUGGACACCCUAUUACCUUCUGGGGCUCUGGUACUGGUUCUCUCCAGAGAUGCUUUCUGAAGGAAAGGUCUCACAUGCAUUGAGUCACAUCCUUUUCAUCUUUGGUCUCUUCAACACGGUCUUGGAUCCCAUCACCUACGGGCUUUUUACCAUCCACUUCAGAAGAGGACUACAAUGGUGCUGCCACACAGAAACAUUGCCAUCCCAUUCAGACCUUAGUUCUACACGGACAGGCUCAUUCAGGUGCUCGGGGUCGUCCGUUCGACUCAAGAGGUUACCUGCACCUGGUCAAGAAGGUCUAAGGUCAAUCACAGAGACUGAGUCUCACAGCAAAAACAGCUAUUGCAGGAAUGGUUACCUUGAUGCACAGGAAGGGUACCGGUGA